CAAAAACAAAAAGUUCGUGAAUUAAAAAUAAAAGCAAAACUCAAGACGCAAAUAAUUUUUGAAUUUUCCCAACAAAAUACUUCAUCUCAUUUUAUUUUCUCAUUAAACAUAACUUAAAAAAUGCCAACAGAAAUAGAAAACAUAAACCCAAAUGUCUAUGGCAAAUGCAAGGAGAGAGAAACAACGGCAGAAGAAGAAAACGAAAGUAUUCCGGAUCCAUUUGAUUCUCGUGAAAUUUUUGACCUAAUCCGUAGCAUCAAUGACCCAGAGCAUCCUUUGUCUCUCGAGGAACUACAUGUCGUCCAAGAAGACCUCAUUAAAGUCGACGACGAAGGAAAUGAAGUCUCUAUCCAAUUCACACCAACAAUUCCCCACUGCAGCAUGGCCACACUCAUUGGAUUAUCAAUUAGAGUGAAGCUCCUUCGCUCUCUUCCUCCAAGGUUCAAGGUCAAUGUUGAGAUAACCCCCGGCACCCAUGCCUCGGAGAUGGCUGUGAAUAAGCAAUUGGCCGAUAAGGAACGAGUUGCCGCCGCCCUGGAGAACAAACACCUCGCUGAGGUCAUAAACCAAUGCAUUGCUACCAAAGGAUAAACCGAAGCCUGUUUUCCUAACAAAAGCACUUAGCGCCAAAGUGUUUAUUUCUGUACAUAUACAAGAUUGUUAAUUAAUUCCUUAAAGCUAAUAAAUAAAGCCCACACACUGAGGUGUUGGAUGUGUUUCUAUUAA